AUGUUCACCGGCUACGCCUCAUCUUAUAUCCUUCCAACACGACUCUUCCCGACAUUGAUUGUGAUUGAAGAAUCCACUAUGGUUCAACCAUCUGAGUUGACGACUUUUACGUCGAAAAUGAGAAGAGAGGAGGUUCCUGUUGAGAUUAGAUAUUUCCUAUUUGGAGAUAUGAAACAAUUGGAACCCUAUAAUACCAUCAAGACUCUCGUUCCCGUUUUGAAAUCUCCAAAUCAGUUACUCUUGGACAGUGGUUUCUUGCCAAGUAGGCUCACUAGAGUCUACCGAUCGCAUCCGGAACUAGUCAAAAUUUUGUCGACUGUUUUCUAUUCGGGACGACUGACACCUGGAAGAUCUCCAGAGGAAGAUUACAUUCAGUGCCAUCUUCCCCAUGACAUUUUCCCUGGUCGAAACCUUGCCCUUCACUUCCAAUUCAACAAUCACAAAUCCAGAAGAGUCGUGCAAUCCAGAGCUAACCGUGGAGAAAUUCAGGAAGUACAAUUUUUGUCGACGAUUCCCCAUUGGCGCCAAAUCCUUCAUUUGGCUGGAUAUGCAUGA